AUGCGCCUCGCGAGGAGCAUGCCGCAGGCGGUGAAGGAUGUGGCGGCGGAGCUGCAGGCCCGUGCGGAGGCCCGCGCGGCCGUGGAGGAGCGGGCGCAGGCCGCAUCCGAGGCGGAGGAGAUCGCGCGGGCGAAGAAGCUCCUGGAAGAGAACACGGUGGCGGCGACCCAGCAACAGCGCCGCCGCGAGACGCGCGAGGAGCGGCUGGAACGGCUUCGUCUGGAGCGUGAGCUGCGCGAACGGGAACAACAGCAGAAGCGGCGGCAGCGGCAGCUCGAGACAGCAGCGGCUCGUCUGCACAUCAGCGUCGAAGAUCUUGAGGCUGACGAGAAGCUCUUGAGGAGCAUCGAAGAAAAUGCUUCGCAUCUCGCCGCGGCGCCUGUUCCGGCGCCCUCGCUCGAGGGCUAUCCGAACAAGGAUGACCACGAAGAGAGACCAAUUGAUGAGGAGGACGGUCUUGCUAGAAAGAAGCCCGUUGUGAUGUUCUCGAGGCCGGUUAUCAGCAACGAGGGCAUUGCGCGUGAGAUGAAGGAGCUUGAAAAGCUCCAACACGAUCAUCAAGAACAACCGAUGCUCUCACACGCCAAUGACGGCAUUCGUCUUCCAGAAGAAAAGGAAGAAGACGACGAUGAUGCGAAGCCCCAUACUGGAAAACAAGCUUCACAUUCAAAGGGAGCCCGGGGCCCCCGUCAUGACGAUCUUGAAGAUGAGGACGCCAGCUUCGGUAUCAAUGGCUUGAUGCGCAGGCGACAGAGACGGCUCUGA